UGAUUUCCCAAUUAAUUUCCCCUUUGUUUUUCUGGAAAUUAAUCCUUAAUCAUCUUUCAUCCUCUGUUUCGAUUUUGGGUAUGGAAAACACAUGCCCAACGAGCCAUUCUUGUCUUCUAGACAAAGUGGUAGCUACAUGAAGGCCCUAAAGUGAAUUUGAAAUGCAGCGGUGUGGCAGUAACAACUCGGAUUCAAGAGCACGGUGCCCAACAACCUCCGAUUUUACGACUUUGAGUUCAUGGAGAGUUGAUGCAACGAAAUCGUACAAAGCUGGAGCAGCAGCAACAUCAUUACUUCGGAAGUGGAAUAACAGCGAGGAUUCUGCACUUCAAUCCAGUUCAAGCAAGGAAACACAAACAAGUCCUGUUCCACCUUCUUUGUGUGGAAGCAUUGUAAAUAUCAGCUACCCUUUUUUGCCCAAGGGUUAUGCCGGUUAUGCAACAUGCUGCAGCGACGCUGCCUGGAACAGUAAUCAUCAACAACACAGUUAUCCUUUAAAUUCUUCCAGAAAAAAUGGAAAAAUUCAUAUUCUGGUUAUGAUCAGUGGCAGAGGGAGAAAAAAAAAGAAUGCCUUUUCAAAUGUGGUUGUUGCAACUGGAAGUAUUAGUGCCAAGAAACCAAUAUGGCCACCUGGCACCUGCUCAACUCUAGCCCACUUCCCCAUUCCAAUUAAGUUUUCCGGGAGAGCCAGUUAUGACCCGAACAAGAAGAGCCUGAACAACAUCAGGAUCAAUAGUACCUUCACCAAGGUUGACAUGGCAAUCACUUUAACCUCAGUUGCUUCUGUUACUGAUAAUGGUUACAGCAGUCAUGAGCAGCAAGUUCGACAGAAUAUUCCGACAACCAAGCAGUUUGUUGAUCAUUAUCGCGAGGCGAUGAUCAUCGAAGGCGGUGUAGGAUACAGUCAGAGAGUGGUCAUUAGGUCUUAUGAAGAUAGUCCUGAUAAGACUGCAACAUUGGAGAGCAUCCUGAAUCUAUUGCAGGAAAUAGCAUCGAAUCAUAUGCAGAUGUCAGGACUCCACAGAGAUGGGUUCGGAGCAACUCAUGGAAUGAUAAAGAAUGAUCUCAUAUGGGUUAUGUCAAGAAUGCCGCCAGUUCAAGUUGAUUGUUAUCCAAAAUGGGGGGAAGCAUUGCAAAUUGACACUUGGCUUGGGGCAGCAGGGAAGAAUGGUAUGCGUCGGGACUGGUUAAUCCGAAGUGAAGCCACAAGAGAUGUUUAUGCUCGUGCAACCAGUACCUGGGUGCUGAUGAACCAAAAGACAAACCGUCUCUCAAAAAUGCCAGAAGAAGUGAGAGCUGAGAUUGCACCUUGGUUUAUAGAGAAACAAGCAAUGCCAGAAGAUGUGGUUGAAAACAUUGUCAAAUUGGACAGCCAAGCCAAGUACAUAAACAAUGACUUGAAGCCCAAGAGAAGCGACUUGGACAUGCACCACCAUGUCAACAAUGUCAAGUAUGUGAGGUGGAUGCUUGAGACAAUCCCUGACCAAAUUUUAAAGGCUCAUCAACUGACAAGCAUCGUCUUAGAGUAUAUAAGGAAGUGUGAGAGCACAGAUAUAGUUCAAUCACUUUGCCAACCGGAUAAAGAUGGCAUUCUCAGAGAUGGACUAAAGCAAGAGAAAAACCGACCAGAUGAAGCCGGCGUUCUCAAAGAUGGGCUAAAGGAAGAGAGAAUUACCAGCCUCCUAAAUGCAGUUUUCUUGGGAGAAUACAAAGAUUCCACUGCGUUCCGAAUAAUCUUACUAUUUGUGGGAAUUUCUUUGGGAGCUCUGUCUGCUGUAGCACUUAUAGUGGUGGUACUGAUGUUUUGGAUCCGUAGUUUAAUGUGA